AUGUGCGGGUAUUUAGUGAGUUUGAGUCCUGGGAAAACGUUAGUGCCGUAAAUGCAAAGGAGACAGUAAAUAUCCAAACAUUUGUGAAACUGUAGGAGUAAAUUUAAUUCUACAACAACAACCGUUUUUUAUUACACAAAUGGUUGUGGUUCGGGUGUCAACGUCGCGUUACCGCUCUUCCGAUGUUUGGUUGUUGGCAAUGCCGGUCGCCACAAAUACUAAUAUUAAAAAUGGAUAAUAGAUCGGACUUUAAUUAUUCUACAAACAUGUUGAAGUCACAGCUAUUGACAAUCCUGGCCCAUUUGUAUGCAGAACUAAUCUUAAUGACGAUUUUCACUCUCCUAAUGAAAAGCACGAUAUCAUUGCCUUCAGAUCAAUUUUAUGAUUCUAAAAGAAUUUUAAACUUUGCUGGAAUUCAAAAACGCCCAGUCUUUUUUGUUGCAAGUCGCUACGGACGAUCCGGAAGCACUGCAUAUGAUGAAAGUUUAAAAUCCAAACGCAUUUUCAUCGUACCCCGAAACGAGCGUUUCAUUCUUGGCUCUCGGUACGGCAAACGAAGCGGGAAAUAUUUAUGCCUUUCGAGAGAAAUAAAUAUGAUGAUAGUCAGAAAAAGAUUUUGAAACAAUGUGAAAGAACGAACUCCAAAUUUAAGAUUUAUAUUCAAACUCCAAAGCGAAAUACUUAACUAG